AUGCGCUCACUAGCCUUCACUCCUGAUGGCCAAGCGCUGCUAGCUCCCUCCGCUGAUUCCCUCAAGGUGUGGGGGUGGGAGCCCGUGCGCUGCUUCGACACGGUCAGCGUGGGAUGGUCCAAGGUAGCUGACGUCAGCAUUCACGACGGCAGGCUGUAUGGCGCCUCGUUCUCGCACACCUGCGUCAGCCUGUGGCACGUCGACCUCAUGCAAGUGGCGCCGUUUGGAUCUAGCGCGUCAGAGAGCACGGAGGAGGAGAGGAGCCUGUCAGGCACCACGAUGGGCCUGCCCCUCCCUGCCUCUCCCACCACCUCCACCGUCUCCUCUACCGUCUCCUCGGUGUCAACGCCUGUGCACUCCCGUGCUCCUUGUUUCCAAGGUGGGUGCCUAAGUGUGGGUUUGUACCUUUGCUUACCUCUCCCCGCCUCGCCCACCACCUCUCCCAUCUCCUCCACCGUGUCUUCUGUGUCCACGCCUGUGCACUCUGCUGCUACCGCCCGUGCUCCGUGCCUCCAAGGUGGGUCGAUUUUUGAGUCGACUCAAAAAUCUGCUGCUACCGCCCGUGCUCCGUGCGUCCAAGGUCCGAGCCACAAGGCAAGCGCUGAGUCGACUCAAAAGUCAACUCAAAAGGCAGGUCCGGACCACAAGGCAGGCUUGGGGAGCUCUGGAGGGGGCAGGUUCGGGUUUCGUGGGGGUGCGGGCGGGGUGGGGGCAGGAGGGGGAGGUGCGGGAGGGGAGAGUGCGGGGGUGGGGAGUGGAGGGGGGAGAGGGCGGAGAGUGUCCGUGGGAGGAGUGGGGGAGCAGUGGGGUAGGGGUGCUGGGUCCGUGAGUGGUAGGGAGGUCAGGAUCGGAGCGGCAGGAGGAGGAGGAGGAAUGGGAAGGGGAGGGGGAGUGGGAGGAGGAGGGGCAGGAGGGGCGGCUGGGGGGGGAGGCGCGGGAGGGGCAGCAGGGGGUAGUUUCAAAGAAGUGGGGGCAAGGGGAGGGCGGAGAGCAUCUGUAUCGGGCGAUUAUGCAAUCUCCAAGGGGGAAGAUUCCUCUUCCUCUGCCAGGAGAGGGGAGGGGGCCUUUGGCAAGGGCACCAGAGAGGAGGCGCAGGGAGUCCGUUCGCAAAACCCUUUUGAGACGUCUCAUAAGAUUCCUAGAGAAAACCCCUCUGGGUCUCAUAAGAUUCAAGCGUUUCUGGACGCUGGAGGGGUGGUUGUUGAUACGACUGCACGCCCUGCACGGCAUCGGGUGGGGGAGGAUGAUGGUGAUGGGAGGUUGAAUGGGUCAGACGUGGGUGGUGGCCACCAGUCCCGUAAGAUUCAGGAGUUUCUGGAGGCUGGAGGGGUGACUGGGGCUGUGAUUGCACACUCUGCACGGUAUGGGGUGGGGGAUGAUGGUGAUGGGAGGUUGAAUGGGAGGUUGAAUGGGUCAGACGUGGGUGGUGGUCACCAGUCCCAUAAAAUUCAGGAGUUUCUAGAUGCUGGAGGGGUGACUGCUGCUUCUGCUGCUGCUGGUGGUGGUGCUGCUGCUGCUACUGGUGCUGCUGCUGCUGCUGCUGUUGCUACAGACAGAAGUAACAAGGGCAAUCACGCAUGCGCAGGGGCAGACUCCUCUGCCUCGACUGCUCCAGGAGUAGAUACAUCAGCCAAAGCAGCAGCUGGGGUGGAUUCAGAUGCCACUGUCACACCCACUGCUGCAGCCUCUGUGCCUACUCAGGUUCAACCAGCUGGUGUGUCUCGUGGUACUACACAAGCAGGCGCAUCUGCUUCAAGCACAGGCACAGGUGUACCUGCUUCAGGCGCACCCCCAGGCGUAUCUGGUGCAGGUGGUAUUCUGGGAGGGAUGUCUGGCUUCGGGGUGACGUUUGACUGGAGCAGAGCGGUGGCGACUGCAGGAGGGGGCGCGGGCAGCAGGGCGGCAACAGUGGUAGAGGCGAUGAAUAAAGUGUCUGACUGGAUCGGGUCGUUCUCUGGCCUGGAGGAUAGCUUGGGAGGGGGAGGAGGGGGCAGGAGGGCGGUGGGGUAUGGCGGAGAGAGAGGGGAGGCGGGAGGGGAGGGGAAUGGGGUUGGGAAUGAGGAGGGGAGAGGAGAGGAGCGGAGGGGGGGGAGUGAGGGGAGUGGGGAGGGGAGAGGAGCAGGGGUGCAGAGAGUUGGGUCUGGGCAGAUUAGCGGGUGGAGUGAGGACGAGGAGGGAGAGGGUGAGGGUAACGGUGGGGAGAGGAAGAGCGAUGGUGCUGCUGCGAGUGAUGGUGGUGUUGCUAGUGGUGGGGCGGCUGUUAGGAGUGCGACUGUGGGGGGUAAAGCAUCGGUGCCAAGUCUUCGAGCCCCGUAUGCUUUGGAUGGAGAGGGGGAAAGGAAGGAGGAAAAGAAACGAGAGGAGGGUGGAGAGAAAGCAGAUAUGCACAGGUCUGGGCAGGGGGAGGAGGAGCAUUCAACAACCCUAGAAUGGAGUCGGAGUGAGGAUGACAAGUACAAGAUCCGGCCGUCUAUUCUGCACCCGCCUUACGCUGUAGAGGUGGAGGAAGGAGGGGUGGAGGGCACUGCUGGUGGGGAUCGGAGAGGUGGCAGUGACAGUAUGAGAAGGCAUGGGUCUGCCGGGGAGAGGGUGCGGGAGUGUGAGGAUAGGGGCAUUGGCUUGGUGGCGUCUGCAUCUGCUUCUGCGUCGUUACCGGCAGGAGGAGUUGUAAGAGAGGAUGCUUGUAGAGAGUAUGGCGGUGCACGUGGCGGUGCAUGUGAGUCAGCAGUGCUGGCUUCUUCGUCCUUGGCAUAUUCUCCCUCCGCCUCCUCUCCUAUUUCCUCCUCCGCGUUGUCUUGUAGGGCAGAGGUAGGGGCAGACAGACGCGUGGGAGCAGGGGAAGGAGUGGGAGGAGAGAGAGUGGGAGGGGAUGCAGGAGGGGGAGGAGGGGCGGGGGAUUUGAUACCAGCUGGAACUGGGUCAGCACAGGUGCAAGUGCCAGCAGUGCAAGUGCCAGCAGUGCAAGCGCCAUCUUUACCAUCCCAGCAGCAGAAACGGCAAGAGGAGGAGGGGGGAGACGAAGAGGAUGACGAGAUGGUGGUGAUGGAGAAUCCCUCACUACCAUUGAAGCAGCAGAAACGCCAAGAGGAGGAGGAGGGGGAGGAGGACGAUGAGAUGGUGGUGAUGGAGAGUGUGAACGGGCGGCACACUGCCAUGCAGCACAUGCUGCAGGGGCGGCUGUCUGCAGUGCGCCACGUGGCAGCGCUGUGGGUGGAUGGAGAACUGCUGCCUGCCCUCUCCGCCCUGGCAGCCUCGAAAGACCUUGCAGUGGUGGCAGACGUGUUGGAGGUGCUGGCCAUGCAGGGAGGCAGGCGGCUGGUAUCGGUGGGCAUGGAGGGAGCAUUGCAGCUGCAGCCGCUGCUGAGGGCUCUGCUCGCCAGCAGCCACUCCAAGUACGUGGGAGUGGCGCUGUCGCUGCUGCGCGAGCUCCUGAGGGCGUUCAGCGAGCCCAUCACUGCUGCUCGCACCGCCACGCAUUCUCCUGGCGUAGACCUGCACAUGGAGGAGAGGUUGCAGCGUUGCAAUGAUUGCUACGAGGGCUUCAGAGUGCUCGAAGACCAGCUCCACCCCAUCCUCAGGAGAAGGACCAACGAGAACUAUGCCCUUGCUUCAGAUGUUCACAUGCUGUUACAGAAGAUGCAAUGA